AUGGCUUCCCAGGCCGCGACAAAUACACCCAAGAGGACUCCAAGCAAGGUGGAAAGCCUCAAAACGGGUGCAAAGUGCAAAGCAAAGGCAAUUUGUGUGACAAACUUGAAGGAAUGCUCACGACGAUUUGGGAUUUUCGCAAAGCAAAUGGAGGUUGAGGGUGUGGUUGUCUUGGUCAAAAGCACAUUGAACCCAACAAGAAACCGAAGAUUGAACACAGUGUUUGCAAGGUUUGAUUUUGGAGAUGGCUGUACAAAGGAGAAGACUCUUCACAUGAAGAGUAUUGAGAUCUGGUCACCACUCUGGACCCCACCAUCACCUUUGGAGACAAUACCACUUGUGGGAACUGCCAUUGCUGCCAACAUCCCGCCAAUUUCCGCCCAGCCUCCAACUGAUACACUUGAUAGCACACUUCUUGGUGGUGCAACUGUAGCUCCUGCUCUUCCACCAGUUGUCAACUCUCCAGAUAUCCCAGUUGUAACAAAGCAUGGUGUUGAUUGGUAUGAUGAUUCAGAAGCUAUAUUGGAUCCGGUUGCGUCAACGCCAGCCCGAAAAUGGUCAUUGACAACUCCCAUUGGAGAAACUCUGCAUCCCGGAAGCAACGAACAAAAAUACAUGUCGCGCUUGGAUGUAUUCCUGUUGGCAUUCCCCCCAAAGGCACUCACAAGCCUCUGUAGGAACACAAACAUGGCCCUCAUGUUGAGAGGAAGACAGUCAACAGCAUUUCCUGAGCUACUGAAGUUCUUUGGUGUUAUAAUUUUGUCAACUAAGUUUGAGUUUGAAAGCAGGGCAAGUCUGUGGUCUACUAUUGCACCAUCUAAAUAUAUAUCGGCACCAGCAUUUGGCAAAACUGGAAUGUCGCGAGAUCGCUUUGACAACAUCUGGUCUUGCCUUCGUUUUGGUUAUCAACCAACGGAGCGUCCCCAGGCCAUGUCGUCCGAGCAGUACCGUUGGUUGUUGAUUGACGGUUUUGUUGAAGAGUUCAACAAAUACAUGGCAGAAGUUUUUGGACCAACAGAGGUCAUAUGUGUAGAUGAAUCUAUCUCCCGCUGGUAUGGCCAGGGUGGACAUUGGAUCAACAUUGGAUUGCCAAUGUAUGUUGCAAUCAACCGGAAACCAGACAAUGGAUGCGAGAUACAAUGUGCGGCGUGUGGAAAGAGUGGCAUCAUGAUUCGGCUAAGGCUAGUUAAGACAGCAGAAGAGGAAGACAGAAAUGUGCAGGAGCAUGACAAUGGGCUCUUACAUGGAACUAUUGUUCUCAAGGAACUGGUCUACCCGUGGGCUCGCAAUGGUAGGAUUGUAUGCGCAGACUCCUACUUUGCUUCAGUUGGGGCAGCAGAAGAGAUGAGACGGAUUGGGUUGAAAUUCAUAGGGGUCGUGAAGACGGCAACAAAGAAGUUCCCGUUAGCCUACCUUCAGAGAUUACCGUUCACCUCUCCAAAUGGUGCAAGGAGUGGUUUGGUGUCACGGACAGAGGAUGGAAAGCCUUCAAUGGUUGCAUGUGUUUGGAUUGACCGGGAGCGGCGGUACUUCAUUUCAAAUGCAUAUGGGCUGACUCCAGGUUCUCCGUACAUCAGAAAACGAUGGAGGCAAGAAGACCAAGCACCAAAUGCACCCGCCACACAAGUAACACUAGAAGUGCCUCAGCCAAAGGUGGCUGAAGUCUACUACAAUUCAUGUGGAAAGAUUGAUCAGCAUAAUCGCGACCGACAGGAUACACUUGGUGUGGAGCGAAAAUUGGUGACCCACUUCUGGGAUAAACGGGUUGGCUUGACAAUUUUUUCAAUGAUUGCAGUGAAUUCAUUUCGUAUGUACAAAGAGCUGACCUAUCCCAAGGGAGGGGGGGAAACCCAGAAAGAGUUCUAUGGUAAUUUGGCAGAAGAGCUGAUUGAUAAUACACUAGGGCAGGUCAACCUGCGCACUCCGCGAGCUGCACGGACGGCAGCAGCAACAGCUUCAGCCAUCAACCCAUCAGAUGGCUCCCCAAGAAUGGGGACACAUGCACAUCUAACUCCAACUAAGCGAAAACGAAAGAAUUCAAAUCAUGCACUACAGGGCAAUUGCAAAGAGUGUAUGAAGAAGACAAAGUAUUGUUGCUCCCUUUGCAAAGACAAUCCAGAAAAGUCAAAAGAGCAGUGGAUUUGUCCUACUGAUAAAGGUAAAAUGUGCUUCUCUGCGCACUUGCAAACUGUCCAUGAGCACUACGUUUGUUGA